AUGUUCGCGCGAUUGGAGUUGAAACUGCAAGAUUUAGCCAAAAUUGCUUUGGGUUCCCCGGAAUUGACAAACGUCAAUGUUGCUGUAUUGCAAAGUUUGCUUGAAAUUCUAUUGAAAAAGUUGGACUGUCAAAAUGAGAAAGUUUCACUUAGCGCCUACGAGGCCAAGUCUUUGCAUAAGAUAUUGGAGAAAUCGAAAAUAUCACCGUUAGCUUUUAAUGAUGAAAAAGUUGCGCCUAUCUCGCAAAAAUUAGAACGUUUAGAGAAUUUGGAGGAGCGUGUAAAUUCAUUAGAGGUGAAAUUGCAAAAGCAUCUCGACGAGAUAAAGGCAAUGAGCAAUUUAAAGGGUACACGCUUUGCAUGGGAAAAUUGGGAUACUUAUGGCUGUGAAGAUUUAUGUACCGUCUGCGAUCCGGAGAAUGAGUUGGCCUGUAAAUUGAUAAAGAAUACCGAUUUCUUAAAAAAAUUGCUUAGACGAAUCUCAGCGCCAAUGAUUGAUAGAAUGUUUUAUUUCGAAGAUAAAAUCAAUCAAUUACACGAAGAGUUUACGAAAUUUCUUAAACGGGCCGAAGAGGAAUAUCUAAAAAUUGAAUUGUUGCAGACAUGCAUUGAAGAAAUCGAACUAUUACGCACAAAAAUCAAUGAGAAUCAUACGCAAUUCUUGGCUACAAUGGAAGAGGUGCAAGAUAUGCUUGAUGCUAAACUGGAUAAGAUACAUAUGCCGGCGCUUAAAAAAUACAUCAGGGAUCGUUUCAAUCGCAUUGAUCAAGACAUUACUUAUUUACAAACUAGAAAGCAUUGUCCACGAGCGGCAGGCAUUAUCAUGGAAGGUGUACGUUGCGUAUCGUGUGGCGGAACUAAAGUCUGCUCGGAAGUGGGUGUCGAAACGACGGCUAUGUUACCCGACGCUAGACCGAAAUACGAUUUACCAGCAGAAUGGUUAAAGCAGUGCGGUUGCUCGAAAUUCAUAACCUUGGAACGUGAUCGUAAAGAAUACGUACCAACUGCUCCCUCAGUCAAUCUUAGCGAGAUGGUGAAUAUUAAUCGACCUAAGCAAAUAACUGGUAAAACUGAAUGUGACGUCGGCCAGAUUGAGUUUGUCGAAGGUCUCGACGGUAAUUUGUAUCGUAAAGGUUAA